CUCCCCCUGCGUGCCGUCUCCUUGGAAACACUAACAAACAUGGCGGAGUAACUUCUGCAGUGAGGAGAAGUAUCUUUGAGAAGAUAUCGUGUCAGGAGAAGCAAAGCUUCACGUUAGCUAAGCGAGGUAAAAAAAAAAAAAAAAAAAAAAUGGAUGUUGGAGACGGGGAACGUCCAUUUGAUGUGGCGUCAGACAGCUGUGGACAGCUGGGUGUCCACCUCAGCACUGAUGAGGACUGUGAGGGAGAUGGUCCAGGCCAGGAGACCUUUAACGAUGAUGAGCCAGCCCUUCCCCCUGAUUUGGCUUGGUUAGAGGAUUUGUAUGAAGAGGACGAUGAUGAUGGUGAUGGUAAUGGUGACGUUGAUCAGAACCCUUCAGUUGUGGCCGACAAUGGUGAGAAAAGGAGUUAUGCCGCGACAGCACGGAUGUUCAAGCUGAGACGAAACCUGGACCAGCUGGACUGCUUUCACCGACAGAAGGAGCAUGACGUGCUGAAAGCCAGAGAAGAGCUUAAUCUCUGCCGUCAGAACAUUGACGGUUUGGUGAAGCAGAGGGAAGACUUGGAGAACGAGAUCAAGCGACAAAAAGCAGCAGAAAACAGUGUGGCGGUGUUUCGUUUGCGAUCCCAGCAUAAGCAUCUGUGUCAAAGGCUGCAGAGUGAGGAGGAGCUGGAGGGCCACAUCAACACUGAUCUGAAGCAACAAGAAGUGGAGUUGAGUGAGGUGGCAGUGGAGCUUGGCAGGUUCUCUUCACUUCGGCAGGAGGUGCAGGAGGAGGAGCAGGUCUUCCGGGUCCUGAAGGCGCAGAAGGCAGCGACAAGGAUUCAGCAGGAGAGGAAAGCCGGCCAGAACAUGCAGCUCAAGAUGCUGCGUCUCAGGGAUAAACAGGCAGCCAUGCUGAUGAAAGAAGUGAAUGACCGUCAGAAGAACAUUGAAGCAGGCCAGGCGAGCCGCAAGAUGGCUGCCAAGCACUUAAAAGAGACUAUUAAAAGGAUGCACCAGAAAGAGGCUGAGAAGGAGCAGCAGAACAGAGAGUUACUGGAAAAGAGGAUACAGGCUGUCAAGUCCCUCAAAUCAAACAUAGCAGCCACCCAAGAGAGCUUACGGAUCCAACAAAGAAAAGCCAAAGCAAACGCCCAGAAGAAAGAGCAGCAACAGAGACAACUGAGAGAAUCCCUGCAGGCCCAGGGCAUCAACAGUAUCAAGCAUAUGUACCAACAGAAACAACUAGAGGAGAUAAAACAAAAACAAGAGGAAUUUGCAGAGAGGCAGAAGUCAAAGAGAGUGGAGAUUGCUGCAAAAAUCCUUGAGGAGGAACAGCUGGUAAAUAGGAGAAAGAGACGCCAGGCAGUGCUGCAUAAACCCUCAACCACUGACAGUUUCCCGUCUCUGGGGAGGGCAAGAGAAAAGCUCCUGCACUACCUGGAUCCCAGCCCCCCAUCAGCCACUAAGGAGAAAGCCACAAUACAGUUAAGAGAAGUCAGUGAGAGCAGCAGCUCAUCAUCAGCUUCCUCUGAUGCUGAGGACCCGGAGGAGACCAUGUACCAGGAAGGGGGCCACCAGAGUCUUACUGAAAGCCUGGCUGAGCCUGAAUUCUCUGGGCUUUGGGACCAGAACAGCAAGAAGCUACAGGAUGAAAAAGCUAUGUCGGUUCAGACAGAAGUAAAGCAUGAACAACCUGCAAUUUCCAGUGGAAAGCUCAACGUGGUUGUUCAAAAAGUUCAUGGAAAAGAGUUGAGAAGGCCUCCAUUCCUCAGUAAGCCAGAGAUCAUCAUCUUCAAGGAUUUCGAAGUGGGAAAAAUGUAUAAGAAGAAAAUCGUCCUGACUAACAACAGCUACAUCACUAACCACUGCAAGCUUCUUGGAGUCUCCACCCACCUGAAGGAUUUCAUCUCUAUCAACUUUGAGCCUCCUGGAUCUUUAUCUGCUGGGAUGUCCUGUGAGAUGCAGGCUGUUUUUCAACCUAUGAUCAACGAGGACCUGGAAGGAGAAGUCCAGUUUGCAUCAGCCAUGGGUCCCUUCUCUGUGCCCGUCCGAUGCACCAUAAAGAAAUGUGAUCUGGAGGUUGACAGCCAGUUCAUCGACUUCGGUUUGCAUGUGGUCGGCCAGACUAUUUCACGGACUGUCACCCUGACCAACAAGGGUGCACUUGCCACCCACUUCAGCCUCGACACCGCAGCAUGUCUCAGUCCAGAAUCCAGCCACGUCCAGGUGCCAACCCAGAUCUCUGCCAACACAUGCCAGGAGAUAAGCAGUGAAAACACAACAUCUGAAAACCAGAGGAGCUCUGCAUCUACUGGCACGGGUGAACUCCAGCCACAGCAAGACAGUCAGGAGCUCUCUGAGGUGCUGCAGCAAGAGCAAUCAGUGUCAGAGCCUUCAGCUACAGGUCCAGAAGCUGUUCUUGAGUCUUGUGUGUCCACCAAUGUGGAUGCCCGGAUGGACCACUCAGAGGGCGGAGACAUAAGUCUAGGAAAUGUCAGAGAGGGGCAUAUUGGACCUUUUGAAAGCAUCAAACUGGAGGUUGUUUUCACUCCAACCAUUCCAGGAGAGGCCGAGCUGGACUUCCACAUCAAAUUCUCCGACAUAUCCAGCAAACCAAUCCCCAUCCAGGUGAGGGCAGUGGCAGUCAGCAUCCCAGUAUGGGUAGUCCAGCCCAGCAUUGACCUGAAGAUCUGCAUGUUUGACCACCUCUAUCAAGACAGUAUCAUGGUCCAAAGCAGGGCCAAGACAGCCUUGAAACUGACCUUUGACGUGUGCCGAGAAAUGAGGAAACACAUGGAGAUCCUCCCAAAGACAGGCUUCAUCCAGGCUCAAUCAAGCUUUAAUGCCCAGCUCAAGUUCCUGCCGAGAUGCUCCUUGUCCAAAGAUGCCAAGAAGUUUUUUGACAGUGACACAGGCGUCCUUGAAGUCCCAAUGACAGUGCAAGUAGCAGGCCAGGUGAAGCCUGUCCAUUUCACAGUCCAAGCAGUUGUGACCUCCUCAGACCUGCAGUUUGACCGCACUGAGGUGGACUUUGGCUGCUGUUCCAUUUACCAGACGGUUAUCAGCAGUGUUCGCCUUACCAACCUGUCCCUGCUGCCUCAGGACUUUGGCUUCCUGCGUCCUCCAGAGUUUAUUGAGGUCCAGCCUAAUGAUGGCUUCGGCACUCUGCUUCCACAAGAGACCCUGGAGAUUGAUCUGAUUUUCUGUGCCCGCAAAGCCAAAGAGUACAGUUUCCAGCUCAGCUGCAAAUCUGGAAUUAACAGAGAUUUCCAUCUGUCAUGUCAAGCAGUGGUUGUCAGCCCUCCAUUGGAGCUCUCCCAUUCUCUGGUCCAGUUUGGGGCCACGGCUGUGGGUGACCACUCCACCACCAUAAUUUCCCUGAUCAACCGUGAAACCAACCACAACCAGUCCAAACAACCAAUCGAUCCACAGACCAAGGACGCCAUGACUCUUGUAGCACCCAGGCUGUUCUCCUUCCUCCCACCCAAGGAUUCAGACAUCAGCAUCGCUCCUUCUGCAGGCACCCUGCUGCCUGGAGAGAGAUGUCUGGUCCAGGUGACAUUCAGACCCAGACUGUUGGACCAGGAGAUCAAAGAGGAGGCGCUGCGUCUUUUCCACCGUGCCAAGUUGCUCCGUGAGAAGGAGCUAGAGAGGAACACACACACUGAAAAAGAGGAGGUUCCAGUCGAAACCAGUAAAGGGAAGAAGGUUUCUGUGGUUCCAAACAACAGCAAGGUGUCCGACGGUCCAAAGACGGAGCAACUAACUGAACCACUAAAUCCUGCUGACAUACAGCCAGGGUCGGUGCAGUAUAAAGACGCCAGAGCCUCUCUGCUGUACUCGUUCACCCAACGAUACAGAGAGUACACAGUUCCCUGCUUUGUGUCUGACAGAAUCCUUCCAGAGGACCAACAGGAGCAGCCGGCAUGGAGUCCUUUCAACACUCUAGACUUGCAGCUGCAGUGUCCUGCGGUACAGCCUGCUCUAGUGGUAAUAUCCAACAAUGGACUCAAUACCAUAGACUUCCAUCAGGUGGCAGUGGGAGAAAAAGUCAUCAAGAGGUUAACAGUUCAAAACAUUUCGAAGGAGUCCUUGGAUCUGAGGUCGUCAGUGCUGGAUGUACACGGAGUUUUUUCCCUUCUGAAUGCUCUCAGAUGCAUAAGACCAGGAGAUAAACACACUCUGGUUCUGGCCUUCAGUCCAUGUCUGGAGGAAAAGUAUUGUGAGACUCUGGAGGUGCGUAGCCAGAAGAUGACCCUCAGGAUGACUCUGCGUGGUGCAGGUGUGGUCCCUGCUGUCACCUGCUCCCACCCUGGAGGUGUCCUUGACUUUGGCUAUGUGUUGGAGAAGGAGAGCAUCACGCAGGUCUUCAAGCUGCAGAACAGCUCAGCAGUGGCAGUGGGCUUCAGGGUGCAGCUGGCUAGCCUCUCUCCCACCAGGCCUCAGGGUGGAGCUGACAGGGUGGCCUUCCUGCUGGGCAGUAACACAGGCUCUCGGGUCCAGCCUACUGUGGGAACUCAAAACUACAGUGGGCUGAGUGUGUUCAGCGUGGUGCCAGUGGAGGGCAGCAUUGCUCCAGAACAGAGCCAGGACAUCACUGUCACCUUUCAGCCUGACCACCCAUCUGUCAACUACUCUGACAGACUAACCAUAGAGCUCAGCAAUAAGAGUAAAGUGUGUAUGAUGGAUCUGAAGGGUGCAGCGUCUUCACAUAACAUGUAUCUAUAUGGAGGAGACCUGCUGACAGUGCCCGUUGAGUCACUCCUCCCUCCACAGAUAGCCAGUCAACCUCAGCUCGCAGAGUCAGAAGUGACAGAGAGGCCCACCAUCCCUGUGCUGGUGACCUUGCGGGCCAAGUGCAAUGCAGGAAGCAUCACACCUGCAGUGAGGGAGCUGCAGGUUGGCUGCAUCCGCUCCACACAGCUCAGUAAAAAGAGUGGUGAGUUUUUCUGGGAUAACGUUGCAUCCCUGCAGCAGCAGGGCUUUAGUGUCGAGCCUGGCAAAGGCACUGUGGAGGCCGGCCACAAACGCACCAUCACUGUCAAAUGGACCCCCUACAGUGGAUACAAGCCCUACGACGUGGUGCAGACGUGUGUGCCUGUUACCUUGAAAGGGGAUGAGACAAAUGUUUACAGAGUCACCCUGAUCGCUUUGGUCUCCACCACUGCUGUCUGACCUCCACUGUACCUGGACACUGGCCAGUUGGAAAUGUGCUCACACACACACUUUGACAAUCACUGACAGAGUAAACAAAGAUGUCAUGUGUACUGUACGUGGGCAACAUUAACAAAGGAAUGGACUAUUUAUGACUUGAAUCUAAUUAUUAAAGGUGGAAUUCAUUAUGUUUUGGACAAGGAUCUGAUUUGAUUCUGUGAUACGGUGAUUGUGAUUGCCUACAAGUUAUGUUGGUCUUAUAUCACACAGCACCAAAGCUAUUUGAAACACAUGAGGGUAAAUGGCUAGCAUUAUCAUAAAAUAGUAGCUUUGUUCCUCUAACACAAAUUCAUGAGUUAUAGAUACGUGGCAAAGUAACAAAGACCCCAAAAAAGCAAGACAAGAAUACUUGUGUUGCUUCUAAGGAGAGGAAGAAUAACAAUAAAAGUAUUCAUGAAGACAGUCUAAGAAUAACUUUAAAUGACCAUUCAUGACUAAAACAGUUAUUCUUGAUUGAAGCCAGGAGACAGAAUGCCACCCGUGUGCAGCACACUCACUGAAUGUCACCUGACUGUAGCACCUGUUUACACCACCAGGGGGUGUAUAUGAUACAGAGCAGGCAGCUGUGUUAUAUCAUGGUUAAGGGUGUGUCAGCUGAUGUAAGCCAGCAGAUGUAUACAGUACAUACUGUAGCACUGCUGGCACUGUAUCUGAGUGAAAGGAGUUCACACAGAGGCCAAACAAGAGGCAGUUUGUGAAAUGUGACACAGAAUGGGAAGAUCUCAAUACAGACCGUUUAUAGAAAACACUUGUAUUAAAUUAUAGCCUAUUGAUCAGGCACAGACUGACAUAUUGGUCUACUACAUUAAUAUUUAUUGUAGUGAUUGGAUCUAUGGCCUUAAUUGCUAUAACAGUAAUGAGGUGGUAUAUAGCAGCAGUGAUCUUAGUGGUGGGCUGCAGGUGAUAGGACCAUUUUUCUAUUGCCUUUAUAUCAGCUAUUGGCGGCUUCAGCUUUGAGAAACGUAGAGGCGACUGAUUUGACUGUGGCACUCUCGAUCUCCACCAAAGGGUACUUACGUUCUGAAGCCAUGUUAAAUUUAGACAAAUGUCAAAUCUACAGCUCACAUAUCUUUUAAGUGAGGCUUAAAUGGAUGUCAAAAUCGACAGAAUUGGAUCACAGAGUGUCAUUCCACUUCUCUUUAAGUUGCCUAUUUUUAUCUUUGCAAUACAGCAGGUUAUGAAAGCAUUUUUACAAUCCUGAAUUGGAUGAUGUAAUUGUCAAAAAACCCUCGAAAAUGUCCCACAACUUUGCUCUCACGUGGUGGUAGUUUUAAUGAGGAGCAACAUAAAUUUCAAGUGAUUUUAAACAUUUGACGAUCACUCAGCCUGUCCUCAGGUUAUUAAUUCCAUCCACAAGGCCUGUGGACUGGGCCCGGUUCUGCACUAGACUGUUGCACUUACAAGCAGCUGCCACUAGGAGCCCUUAAUGUCCCCACUGGACCUCAAGUGGUGAUGGAAUCCUGAAUUUUCGUGGAUUUAAUGUGGUGAAGUGUGUUGUGCUGAAGGUGUCUUUCCAUCGUGAGUAAAAUUCAGGAUAAUCAGAACAUGCUGACAAACAGUGGGAUGCUUUACAAACCACUGACCAAGCAAAUGUUUACUGUAAAGCUGCAGCUGAUGUUUAUAACCUUCAUAACUGCUGAAUAAAUGUUUUACAAAGCA